UAUAGCCAAGGGAUUUGGACAAGUUGCAAAAAACUGAGAGAAAUUUAUGUGAAAGGAAUGAAGAUUCUGCAUUCUUCCUCCUUCAGUGAACAAAUGCCAGCCCCUUGUGAACAGACAACCAAAAUGUCUACUGGAACAGAUGUCAAGAAUUCAGAGCCAAACAUUUCUGUGGAUGAUAACUUAAGCAUGACUCAAGAGCAACCCUCUAAGAAAGGCCUUUGUUCACUUCGACAUGGGCUGGCCUUCAUCUUGCACCUCUGUAAUUUUUCAAUUUCUACACAACAAAUGAGCUUGAGCAUUGCUAUCACAGCUAUGGUAAACAACACAGCCACAAGCACUCAGCCCAAUGCCUCCACAGAAAGCACCUCCAUAGACUCCCAGGGCUACUGGAAUGAAACACUAAAGGAAUUUAAGGCAGUGGUUUCUACAUAUGACUGGAAUCCAGAAAUCCAGGGAAUCAUCCUGAGCUCUCACAAUUAUGGCUCAUUAUUGGCUCCAAUCCCUACUGGCUAUGUGGCUGGAAUAUUUGGAGCCAAGUAUGUUGUUGGAGCUGGCUUGUUAAUUUCCUCAGUCCUGACUCUCUUUCUUCCACUGGCAGCUGAUGCUGGAGUGGCUCCAUUUAUUGUUCUUCGGGUCAUCCAAGGCAUAGCCCAGGUUAUGGUAUCAACAGGUCAGUAUUCGAUUUGGGUCAAAUGGGCUCCACCAAUGGAAAGGAGUCAACUCACCACCAUUGCUGGAUCAGGGUCAAUGCUGGGAAUCUUCAUUGUUCUCCUUGCUGGUGGUCUCAUCUGCCAGGACAUAGGAUGGCCUUAUAUCUUCUAUAUCUUUGGUGGAAUUGGCUGUGCCUGUUGCCUUCUCUGGUUUCCUCUCAUUUCUAAUGAGCCCAGUAAUCAUCCCUUUAUCCGUCCUAGUGAAAAGAGCUACAUCUUGAGUUCACUGGCCCAACAGGAUUGCUUGCCAGACUGGUCUCUUCCCAUUAAAUCUAUGGUCAAAUCCUUACCACUAUGGGCCAUUGUAGUGUCCUAUUUCUGUCAAUAUUGGCAGUUUUCUACUAUGAUGGCAUACACACCUACAUAUUUCAGCUCUGUACUUCAAGCCAAUGUCAAAGAUAGUGGGAUCCUGUCAGCUCUGCCAUUUAUUAUUGGCUGUGUCUGCGUUAUCCUUGGAGGUCUAUUGGCAGAUUUUCUUUCAUCUAGAAAAUUCCUCAGACUUGUCACCGUCAGGAAACUCUUCACUACUAUAGGGGUUCUCUCCUCUGCUGUGGUCCUCUUGAUUCUGCCUUGGGUCAAAUCCAGCUUCAGUGCCACCGUGGUCCUCUUGGUAUUGUCUUCUGCCUUCAGCAGCCUCUGUGAUUCAGGAGCCCUUGUUAACUUCCUGGACAUUGCUCCUCGGUAUGGUGGCUUUCUCAGAGGACUGAUGCAAACCUUUGCUUAUAUAUCUGGAGCCAUCUCUCCUACUGCUACUGGAUUUUUCAUUAGUCAGGAUUCAGAGUGGGGUUGGAGGAAUGUCUUCAUAGUUGCGACUGCUGUUAAUAUAUCAGGCCUGAUCUUCUACCUCAUCUUUGGCCAAGCAGAAGUACAACAUUGGGCUAAAGAGCAGACAGGCACCUACUUCUGAGAAAACAGAAUGAGAUGUGAAA